ACUCCGCCAUUCUCGCAUGAUAGUCCUCGCUAAGAAUGGCUAUCAAAUACGCGAACGUCGGUGGGCGCCCAAAAGUUUGGGUCGUGUGGGUGUGCUGGUGGUGACGGCUCAGGUGCUGGUGGGCGUGAUGGGCGUGACGCUGGCCGCCUGGUUCCUCAUGUGGGCUCCCUCACUCAAGUUUAGGGAGGUUCCUCACUACGCUGGCGUCCCCGUGUUCCUGGCGGGGGUGUUCGGCGCCAUUCUCAUCAGCUGCUUCCAGAGGCGGCGGCACCGCUCUAUUGCCAACAUCCUCAAGGGCGUGGUGGUGGCGUUGUGCUGUAUCAGCGUGGUGACAUGCCUGUGUGUGUGCAUCUUCACCGCCCUCCACCUCACCCAACUGGCCUCCAUGACCUGCCACACACAACACACAGCCCUCUUACACCCGUCCACCGGCACGGGGGUCCACCUCGCUGCAAUGAAGGGAAGUCAACAGUACGGACUGACCACUCCCAUCCCUGUGAAGGUGCCCACGUCCAGGCAGUAUAUGGAGGGAAUCGAAGAUGACGAAGAUGAGAGCGAGGGCAGUGGACGAGAAGCGAGGGACCUGCCGCAUGAUGAUGACGUCGACGAGGCUUUCGAAUUCGAAACAGUUACCCUGGCCACUGUGGCCGCGGGCAGGGAAAAUGAUAUCGUACUGAACGUGACGUUCUGUGAGUGUGAGAAGCGGGGACCCACGUGGGUGAGAAUGCUCCAGUACCCCAACCUCUCGUGUCUAGAGGUAAACAAUAUUCUUCCUGUGCUCUUCGUGGCGUCCUGUGUCGUCACCGCUGUGGGGGCGCUGCUCUCGGGGCUCAUCCUCUACCUGCUGUGGUCCCUCAAAAAUAGUUUCUACGGUGCUACCAAACCGCACGAAACUCGCCCAUUCAUAUUUACAAGUAAUUUAAAAAAUAAUAACAAAGCCAGCAAUGGUUCAGGGUCCAAGGUGUCGAAUGGGGACUCUCAAUUUAGGUGACGAAGGUGACCACUGAACCAGAAAAUGACUGAGUCAAAAGAAAGUGAAAAAAAAAUAUCAGCAGCAACUGAUGUGACCAGUAGCAAGUGACUUUACCUGAAAGAAAUGACACUACCAGUCCGUUGUAACGGUAGUGAAGGUUCAGGCUGUGGGCCACAACCUGUGUACAGUAACACUAACUGCAGGUCAGAUUUGUACCGUGUACAAACUAAAUAAUAAAAGUCCACAAACAGUAUGAGAAGCAGAUGUUAUAAGUUGAUUUUCAAUGUUAAAUAUAUUUUUUAGUUUAAGAUAAGAAUCUCACACAUUAGGCUAAGUAAUUUUGUCAUUCUUGACUGCCAUAAAAUACUGUCUCUUAGAAAAUAUAUAUAUAUAUAUAUAUAUAUAUAUAUAUAUAUAUAUAUAUAUAUAUAUAUAUAUAUAUAUAUAUAUAUAUAUAUAUAUAUAUAUAUAUAUAUAUAUAUAUAUAUAUAUAUAUGGAGUAAAAGUUUUUCUACCGCAGAUCAAGAGUUGGAAACCGCAAAGGCAAAAAGAAUAUAAUGAAAAAAAAAUUAAAUGUUAGACGUGCUGGUGAACUACAAGUAAUGGUGUCAUGUGUGUCGCAGUCUGUGUGUAGAGUUACUGAUGUACUGAGACAGCGUAACAAAAAAUAUGUUGAAAAUGUACAUAUUGUAUUUAUAUUUAUUUUUCUCUAGUUUGUUUGAUCAGUUAUUCAUCCGACGCUCCGCGAGGCGAGGAUGAUGAAGGAAUGGCGACCUGAGGUUAGGCUCUGUCUUACACCAAAAAGGUCAUUGUUUCUUAAGUCAUGUAUAAAGUUCUGUUUACUGAUUACAACAAUGAUUUCUCAACUUGGUUAUACACAGCCAGACUCUCCCACACAGGAUGAUGCUCAUGAUGAAGUCACUAGUAGCAGGACGAGGCAAAAUGUGUUUCCGGUAACUCGAUCCCACGUAGAAAACUAUGGGCGACUUUUAUAGUUUUAUCUGAUAUUUAAAAGCACACUUUCAUCUUCUGUGAAUACAAUAUUCUUGGUUUUAAUGUGCCAUGCUCAGAUUCUAUAAAAAUUAUGAUAACUUUUAUCAACCUAAGAAAAUGUUACUUGUAAAAACGGCGCAUGAGUAUCAAUAUAUCUGGACACAGUUACGGUAGUGGUUGAAAAAAAAAUAAAAAAAAAUAAAUAAAUCCGAUUUUCUCUUUAAUUUCUUUCAGCUAAUUAGCGGAAAUGCGCGAUUAUUUUAGUCCUUAUUCAAUAUAAUUAGCCCAAUGUAACGCCUCAUUGGCUGGUGUUAAAUAUAAUGGUCAACAUCCACAAGCAAAACGGGUUAACCAUUAAAGUCAAGUUAAAUUUAAGUUUCUCUAAGUCAGGUUUUCCCCCUAGAUAAUAUUUGGCGAGGUUGAGUGUAUGACAGACACUUCUACAACAACGAUGGUUCAAGAUUAUCAAAUGUUUGUAGAAUAAAUAUUACUCGUAGCUGAAGAUGUGUGACUGCAACACUUAACGUAAAUAGCAGUAAAAUUACGUUCACAUACACAUUAACUAUACUUUUAACAAGAUACGUUCACUUAGCACCAGUUAGGAGGCAAAAUUAACAUACAUUACUAAGAAGAGUCAUCUGAAAUUUUCUCUUUGUAAAAUUUGGUAAAGUCGUCCAGGGCGUUGUAUUGGUCAGCGGCAUCAGGAGAAAGUACAGUACACUAAAUGGUCUAUCAGUUUAAACCCCAAAUACGGUUAAAAUAGUUGUUGAAAAUAAGUUAAUAGCGUAGCCUGGCUGGUAGAUACAACAUAACUAGAAACUUUGAUGACAAUAUUAAAAAACAAACAUCGUAUUGCAGUAGUUGAUUGAUUCAGACGACGCUAAUUAAACUCUGGGAAUAAUCUGUAGAGUAACAUGGUGUGACAAAUGAUUUUUUCUUAACGUUCCCAAAAUACAAUAAAUAUGAUUCUUGCCGAUCUUGCCUGGUUCUUGUCUGUACCGUAGUUGUACAUGAACAGUUAACUGGUGCUCACGUUACAAAAGCUUUACUGUAACAUCUUACCCGUGAGACACUUGAUAAUAAUAAUAUAUAAGUGACCUUAAUCCUCAAUGUGUACCUUGUGUAAAUAUAUAGAUAACAGAUGUAACAUGACAAAACAAUAAUAAAUAAUUUAUCUAA